CGACGUGGGGCUCGCGCUGUCGCGGGCUCUCGGGGCGGGCAGGGCGAGCGCGCGCUUGCGAGGGGGCGCGCGCGGACGGCCGGGUGGCGGCGGCGGCGGCGGCGGCGGCGGCGGCGGCGGCUCGCGGAGGCGGCGGCUUCACUCCGGGACUCGGCGUCGGAGCCGCGGCUGGAGCGCGGGCGGCGCCGCGAGGACCUAAAAUGUCCACUGAGGCACAGAGAGUUGACGACAGUCCAAGCACUAGCGGAGGAAGUUCUGAUGGAGACCAGCGGGAGAGCGUGCAGCAGGAGCCUGAGCGAGAGCAAGUUCAGCCCAAGAAGAAGGAGGGGAAGAUACCCAGCAAGACUGCCGCCAAGCUGUCAACCAGUGCCAAGAGAAUUCAGAAGGAGCUUGCCGAGAUCACCCUGGACCCCCCUCCCAACUGUAGUGCUGGACCCAAAGGAGACAACAUUUAUGAAUGGAGGUCAACUAUACUGGGACCCCCAGGAUCUGUCUAUGAAGGAGGGGUCUUCUUUCUUGACAUUACCUUCUCACCAGACUAUCCAUUUAAACCCCCUAAGGUCACCUUCCGAACGAGAAUCUAUCACUGUAAUAUCAACAGCCAAGGGGUGAUCUGUCUGGACAUCCUCAAGGACAACUGGAGCCCAGCCCUGACCGUCUCCAAAGUCCUCCUGUCCAUCUGCUCACUCCUCACAGACUGCAACCCUGCCGACCCUCUGGUGGGCAGUAUUGCCACACAGUACAUGACCAACAGAGCCGAGCACGACCGGAUGGCCAGACAGUGGACCAAGCGGUACGCCACCUAGGGGCCUGCGUGUGCCAGCUGUGUGCAAGCACAUUCACCAAGUGCAUCAAUAGCCCACCUGCCCUCCUGCCCUCUGUUCUGUUUCCUGUUUUUAUUAAAUUUUGAACUGUUUUGUGACGGUAUGUCAUUUGCCCCUCCUCCUUCCUACCCUAACCCCCCUCCCUGCCUCUGACCCUCUUUUCGCCCUUUUAUGCCCUUUUCAGUUUCUGUUAACUUGAAAGAUUUGGGAUUCCCCACACUGCAGUGUGGCCGGGAGCUUCUGUUAUAAGUGCAAACCUUGUCGGGUCUGUGCUAGUAAGAGCUUUCAUGCAAAGCUUUGUGUUACUGUGUGGUUUGGGGGUUUUGUUGUUGUUGUUUUGUUUUUAUCUUUUUUUUUUUCUUUUAUGUGCUCUUCAGAAAACACACAUUCAGAAUUAUAUCUCGUUUCUACUUAAAUGUAGUGCUUAGGGUUAAUUUUUUGUACUGAAGUCUUUAUUGGUGGGUGCAUGCUACUGGGAACAAGGUUUUGUACAAAAGGUCCAAUCAGAAUCACUGUGCAUUACUGAGACCCUGUUUAUCACAAGCCUUCUGUCCCCCACGCAGAAGACUGUUAAACUGAACAAAAUAAUAUGUAUUUUGAUUUACUUAAGUGCUUGUAAAUUUCUUAGGGACCUGCCACUUUUGACUGUGGAUCAGUUGAUGUACACUUGUAUUAUUAAUGCCUCAAUAAAUCACUGUGGCGGAUCAAUGCCCUUCUG